UGCAAAUAUUGUAAAAUUCAAAAAAAAAUAAUCGAAAUGUACUUCAAAACUUCCGUUUUGGUUUUGGUCGCCGCCACCUUCGUCGCUUCGUACCCCAUGCACGGAUCCUACGGAGGAUGGGGUAGUCAAGGACAAUCUCAAUCUCAAGCCCAAGGACAAAUGAUGGGAGGCCACUACGGUGGUAUGGGACAAGGACAAGCUCAAGCUCAAUCCCAAGGACAAAUGAUGGGAGGCCACUACGGUGGUAUGGGACAAGGACAAGCUCAAGCUCAAUCCCAAGGACAAAUGAUGGGAGGCUACUACGGUGGUAUGGGACAAGCUCAAGCUCAAGCCCAAGCUCAAGCCCUUCAAGCCGCUCAAGCCGCUCAAGUCGCUCAAGCCCAAGCUCAAGCUCAAGUUCAAGCUCAAGCUCUAAAAGCCGCUCAAGCUCAAGCUCAAGCUCAAGCCCAAGCCGUUGAAGCCGCUCAAGCCCAAGCUCAAGCUCAUGCUCAAGCCGUUCAAGUCGCUCAAGCCCAAGCUCAAGCUCAAGCUCAAGCCGCUCAAGCCCAAGCUCAAGCUCAAGCCGCCCGCGUCGUCGGAAGCAGAAGAGUUGUUUCCGUUAUGAGAGGAAUGGGUGGAAUGAGCCAAUCUUUCACCUCUGGAUUCGGUGAUGGAUUUGCCACCGGUUACGGAAAAGGAGUUCAAACCGUUCAAGGAGUUGGUAGCAACGGAGUCGUUGCUUUCUACCCCUCUGUCGCCAUGGCUUUCCCCACCGUCGCUUCUGCUGGACCUUCCGUCGUUCAAGAACCCGUAGUUGAACAAGUUUACGAAGUUGUCGACGGUCCCGUCGUAUCUGGAGUUGGUGCCAUGGCCGGAGCCGCUGCCGGAGCCGGAUUUGGAGGAGUCGGAGCUGGUGCCGCUGCCGCCGCUGGUGCCGGAGGAGUUGGAGGUGGAGCUGGUGCCGCUGCCGCCGCUGGAUCUGGAGUCGGAGCUGGUGCUGCUGCCGCUGCCGCCGCCGGAGGUGUUGAAGCUGAAGAUGAAGACGAAGCCGAAGCUGAAGCCGAAGCCGAAGUCGAAGGUGAAGAAACCGUUGUUGCCGAAUCUGGUGCCGCUGCUGGUGCUGCUGCUGGUGCCGCUGCUGGAGUCGUCGGAACUGGUUUCCAUGCCGUUCCCGCCACCAUGGCUUACCUACCCGUCAUGACCGUUCCCCACGUUGCUACCGUCGCUGGAGGUCAACAACAACAACAACAACAAGGAGGAGCCGGAGGCCAACAACAACAACAACAACAACAACAAGGAGGAGCCGGAGUCGGAGGACAACAACAACAACAAGAAGGAGGAGCCGGAGGCCAACAACAACAACAACAAGGAAAAGCCGGAGUUGGAGGCCAACAACAACAACAACAAAAACAAUCCAAAAAAGUCGUUAAAACCGUAACCACCAAAGUCGUUACCACCACCAAACAAAAACAAAAACAAAAACAACAAGCCGGAGCCGGAGGUCAACAACAACAACAACAACAAGCCGGAGCCGGAGUCGGAGGUCAACAACAACAACAACAACAAGAAGGAGGAGCCGGAGGCCAACAACAACAACAACAACAACAAGGAGGAGCCGGAGGUGUUGUCGGAGGAGUAGUUCCCGUCGCUGCUGCUCCCGUUGUCGCUGCCCCCGUCUACCACGGAGGUUACACCGGAGGAUUCGGUGGUGCUGCCGCUAGUGCUGCCGCCUCUGCCGUUUCCAAAUCUGGUUCCGUCGUCUACUAAGUUCAUACUCAUUAAUUCAUAAUGUUUUUUUUUUUUUAAACUCAUAAUAAAAAUUUUAAAGCAUUAUUUUUUGAC